AUGGACAAGGGUGCCAACCCAUCACAAAUAUCAUAUGGAAGCCACCUGGCCAGCGAUAUCAUUCCUGCAGAGUCCAGCACUGAUGGUUUGGAGGAACAUCUGAACCAGCGGCCUGGGUGUAACCUCAUCUACUCCAUCAGUGAUCGGCCACCAUGGUACCUCUGCCUUCUACUAGGCUUCCAGCAUUACAUACUGGCUUUUGGUGGGAUCUUGGCCAUCCCUUUAAUCCUUGCAGAGCCGUUAUGCAUUAAGGACAACAAUGCAGCCAAGAGCCAGCUCGUCUCCACCAUCUUCUUUGUGUCAGGAAUUUGCACCAUGCUUCAGACCACUAUUGGGACCAGGUUGCCUAUCUUGCAAGGAGGAACGUUUACUUUUAUCACACCAACGCUGGCUGUCCUGGCACUGCCAAAGUGGAAAUGCCCAAAGGGGAGCUUGACUCCUGACCUCAAUGCCACAGUAGCGUCUGUCUCCAAUAUAGACCCUGAGGAAAUAUGGAAAAUGCGCAUACAAGAGAUCCAGGGAGCGAUCCUGGUGGCGUCGCUGCUUCAAGUCCUGCUCGGACUCUCAGGGCUGGUGGGGUUUGUGCUGAAGUUCGGACCACUGUCUAUCGCACCAACCAUCAAUCUGAUUGGGCUGUCACUCUUCAUCCAAGCUGGGAAGAAAUCAGGAGCACAGUGGGGCAUUUCAGCUCGGACAGUGUUUCUUAUCAUUCUCUUCUCCCAAUAUCUCAGCAAGGUCAAAGUCCCUCUCAUUGCUUACAGGGACAAGAAGUGGAAAGUGUUUCAGUACCCUCUCUUUAGUCUAUUCUCUGCUUUGUUCGGGAUGUCUGGAGCUUGGCUGGUGUGCUUUCUUCUGACAUACUUCAAUGUUCUGCCCACUUCACCGCAUGGGUACGGCUACCAGGCCCGGACAGACAUAAACCUGGACGCGGUUAGCAGUGCUGAGUGGUUCUUCAUGCCUUACCCAGAUGGGUGGCAGUGGGGUCUCCCGAACGUGAGUGUCUCCUCCGUCCUGGGCAUGAUGGCAGGGGUAUUGGCAUCUACCAUGGAGUCCAUCGGGGAUUACUACGCCUGUGCACGGCUCUCUGGUGCCCCGACUCCGCCCGCCCACGCUAUUAACCGUGGUAUUGCAGUUGAGGGACUGGGCUGCAUCCUGGCGGGGCUGUGGGGCAGCGGCAAUGGGACGACAUCAUUCAGCCAGAACAUUGCUGCCUUGGGGAUCACCAGGGUUGGAAGCAGGCUGGUCCUGCAGACGGCCGGCCUCCUCAUGGUCGUCCUGGGAGUAUUUGGGAAGUUCAGUGCCGUUUUCAUCAUCAUCCCGGAGCCCGUGAUCGGAGGCAUGUUCCUGGUUAUGUUCAGGAUGGUUGCUGCUGUGGGAAUAUCAAACCUGCAGUACGUGGACUUAAACUCCUCCAGAAAUCUGCUAAUCUUUGGUGUGUCUGUCUUCACUGGACUUGUGUUGCCAACAUGGUUUCAUUCAAACCCAGACACCAUCAGUUCAGGUAUAACAGAACUGGAUCAGCUCAUUAUGGUGCUUUUCACCACCCCUAUGUUUAUUGGUGGUUUCUUGGGAUUCAUCUUGGAUAACACUAUUCCAGGAACGGAUGAAGAACGAGGAAUAAAGCAUUGGAGGAAAACCAUUGAUGGCAGUACUUCAGAGAUCUUCAGCAAUCAGUCAUGUUACGAUCUGCCUUUCUGCAUGACUUUCCUUCAUAAAUUCAGGUUCCUCCAGAACCUUCCAUUCCUCCCAUCUGUUAAAUCUGUCGACCUUCUUGGAACACACCUGUAAAACUUUCAGCCUUUUUAAAAGGAUGUAGAACUCUUUGUAAUCAUUGCUUACUGGACACAAUGAACAAUUUACUGUGAUUUUUUAUGAUCAUGGGGGCAGAGGUGGUUUGGAGGUGAAGGCUCUGAGUUGAUCAGAAGGUCAAUUGCUAUACGAUACUUUAGACCGUGAUGGAAACACAGACAACAAAGGUCUGGAGGAACCAAAUGGUCCCUUGAAAAAAGUUCCUAGGACUCUAAUUGUUCCAGGUAAUUUUGGUGGAUACAUGGCUAUAGUACUUAUCAAUUUAUAGUUGCACAUUGUGAGGCAAAUUAUUCAUUUUUACUUUGUAAUAAUUUUGCUUCUGUUCAUGUUCAUCUGAGGAUAACGCCUAAGAAGGCCAUGUCAUGUCACUGAGAUCAGUACAGAAUGUUUAUCUGUUUACAGAGACACAAAUAUGUUCUUAUGUUUGUCUGCACAUCUUCCAAGACCCUAAAACAAAGCCUGUUUGAACUGCCUCAAACUGCUUAGUAUCAGUACACAAAAAUGUGUCAUGCUCUGUAUAUAUAGUAGUGGUUCAGCACAAGCGCUUCAGAGCGCUCUCAUUAUUCUAUCCUGCUUUAUUCUAUCCUGUAUUAACCAUCUUUCUGUAAUAAACCUUUUUUUACCUUCAGAGGGUGAGUCUGCGAGUGUUGUCUAA